AAAAUUAUUAUCAAUUGUGAGUCAGGCGGUUUGGUCUUUUUGCAGCUGAAGAAAAUUUUCAAUUAACUCGUUUUUAAUAAAUUUAACAUAGAAAACAUUUAAAUAAAUCAUCAAAAUAUGUCUACAAUUGCAAGUGCUUUAUCCAUAGCCGGUACCCGUCAAUCGGGUCAACCCGUGCGCACACAAAAUGUUAUGGCUGCCAGUUCCAUUGCCAACAUUGUAAAGAGUUCAUUGGGCCCUGUAGGUUUGGACAAAAUGUUGGUCGAUGAUAUUGGUGAUGUUACAGUGACCAAUGAUGGUGCCACCAUUUUGAGAUUAUUGGAAGUUGAACAUCCUGCUGCUAAGGUCUUGGUUGAGUUGGCUCAAUUACAGGAUGAUGAAGUUGGUGAUGGUACCACUUCUGUUGUCAUUUUGGCUGCUGAAUUACUUAAGAAUGCCGAUGAGUUGGUUAAACAAAAAAUUCAUCCCACCUCAAUCAUUUCUGGCUACCGUUUGGCUUGCAAGGAAGCAUGCAAGUACAUCUCAGAACAUUUGACUGCUCCAGUUGAUGAAUUAGGUCAUGAGACUUUGAUCAAUAUUGCCAAGACCUCCAUGAGCUCCAAAAUUAUUGGUGCUGAUGCUGAUUUCUUCUCAGCCAUGGUUGUUGAUGCUGCACAUGCUGUCAAAAUUACUGACCCCAAGGGAAAUGCCGCCUAUUCCAUUAAAGCCGUCAACGUUUUGAAGGCUCAUGGCAAAUCAGCCCGCGAAUCUCUUUUGAUCCCCGGUUAUGCCUUGAAUUGCACCAUUGCUUCCCAACAAAUGCCCAAAAAGAUUGUUAAUGCUAAAAUCGCCUGUUUGGACUUCUCUUUGCAAAAGACCAAAAUGAAGAUGGGUGUCCAGGUUUUAAUCAACGAUCCCGAUAAGUUGGAAGGUAUCCGUGCCCGUGAAUUGGACAUUACCAAGGAACGCAUCAACAAGAUUUUGUCUACCGGUGUUAAUGUUGUCUUGUGCUCCGGUGGUGUUGAUGAUUUGUGCAUGAAAUACUUUGUUGAGGCUGGCGCCAUGGCUGUUAGACGUGUUAAGAAGAACGAUUUGAAAAUAAUUGCUAAGGCUACUGGUGCUGCUUUCCUUACAUCUCUCACUAAUAUGGAAGGCGAAGAAAGUUUCGAUGCCUCCAUGGUCGGUGAAGCGGCUGAAGUUGCCCAAGAGCGUAUCUGUGAUGAUGAAUUAAUCCUUAUCAAGGGUACAAAAGCCAGAGCUGCCGCAUCCAUCAUCUUGCGUGGUCCCAACGAUUUUUACUGUGAUGAAAUGGAAAGAUCUAUUCACGACUCUUUGUGUGUUGUUAAACGUGUUUUGGAAAGCAAGAAAGUUGUUGCUGGUGGUGGCUGUGUUGAGGCUGCUUUAUCCAUCUACUUAGAAAACUUUGCUACUUCUUUGAGCUCCCGCGAACAAUUGGCUAUUGCUGAAUUUGCCAAAUCCUUGUUGGUUAUCCCCAAGACAUUGGCUGUUAAUGCCGCUAAAGAUGCCACAGAUUUGGUAGCUAAAUUGCGUGCCUACCACAAUUCCAGCCAAACUAAAGCCGAACACGCUCUAUUGAAGUGGACCGGUUUGGAUUUGAUCGAGGGUGUUGUGCGUGACAACAAAAAGGCUGGUGUUUUGGAACCCGCCAUGUCCAAAAUCAAGUCUUUGAAAUUCGCUACAGAAGCCGCCAUUACCAUUUUGCGUAUUGAUGAUAUGAUCAAAUUGAAUCCCGAAGAGAAACAAGGCAAAUCUUAUGGCGAUGCUUGCGCUGCAGGCGAACUUUAAAUUUCAUAAUUUAAUACUUUUCUUAUUAAGUUUAGUUAAACAUCAUCUUCGUUUAAUUGUCUUUUUUUUUCUUUUUCCUUUAAGCAUUUAAAUCAUUAAACACACCUAAACAACAAACAAACAAAAAUACACUUUAUUAUUAACAAUUUAAUUGUUUCAAAACACAAAAUCCCAUUUUUAAUUUCACAAAAAAGUCAUGUUGGUUUUUUCAAAAUUCUUAUUUUCUUGUUUAAUUUAAUUAUAAAUCUCUACAAAUUGUAUUACUCACAUCCUUCUUAAAUAAUAAAAAAAAAAAUACAUGAAAAAUCCUUCCUUGUGUUUACAAGCUACAAGUUGAUAAUAAGGACUUUUUUGAUAAAUAAAAGAACAACUUAAAAUAAAACACGCUUUUUUAAAACAUACAAAA